GAUCCCUAUGGCGGAGAGCAAUGACUGAGGAGUUUGAUGAAGAGGUGGUAUUCGAGAAUUCUCCAUUGUUCCAGUACUUGCAGGAUCUAGGCCACACGGAUUUUGAGGCAUGUCCGCCCCUGUCGCAGGAGGAAGAGCCGUGUGUCACGGGAGAGGAGGGGCACCUCUCUUUGCAGGAUGUUCCCGCCUUAACCAGAGAGGGCCUUUUCUGGAGACUGGCUGAGGCCAUAAGAAGGUUGAACCCCUUCCACUCCAGAGUCAUGUCCAGCAGCCUGGAGCAGCAGCUGGACGUGGCUUUUCGGCAGUACUCCCUGCACACCGUCCUGGAACAGGACGUGCUUCUCCAGGAGGAUGUGGAGCUGAUAGAGCUGUUAGACCCCAGCAUCCUCUCAACGGGGUCAUCUUCCUCACCCGCCUGUGGCCCCACGGCCACCCCGCCCACGCCCCGUUUCCUCACCGUUCUUUCCCUCUGGGACGUCUCCGUGCUGGUGGGCUUCAUCGCGGUGCUGGUGGGUCUGCGUGGCCUGGAGGACGGCCCGAGCGCCACGACCCUGGUGCCCCUGGUGCUGCUCCUGGUGGGCGUGGUGCUGCUGCGGGGCUGGAGCCUGUGGCGGACGGCACGGCUGCAACGAGCCAUGUGGGACCAUCGGGCAGAGCUAGAGCAGCUCGUGUUCAGCAGCCGGGCCUUGACGAGCUUGGCGCGCAAGUCGCUGCGGCUCAUCCAGGAGACUGAGGUCAUCUCCCGUGGUUUUACGCUUCUGCUCGACAGGGUGAGUGCGGCCUGUCCCUUUAACAAGGCUGGGCAGCCCCGCGGGCAGCAGCUGCUGGGUCUGAGGAAAGCAUCCUUCAAGGCCCUACGCGGGGCCUUCCGAGCAGCUCGCCUGGCCACCUGCCACAUGCUCAAAUCAUACCCACUUAACUCAGAGAUAGACAACGUGACCAACUAUGUAUCAACUGUACCGCUGAAGGAGCUGGGCCUGGGCUUGGGGGAGGAGCCUCUGUCUGAGGAGCGGGCGCAGGAGCUGACUGAUGACUACAGCCUCCCUGCACUCAAGGUGCUGUUCCAGCUAUGGGUCGGUCAAAGCUCAGAGUUCUUCCGCCGGCUACUGCUCCUCCUGUCACCGGGCCAGGAGGAACAGCGAGGGUUGGCAGACCAAGAGAUCCAGGGCAAGCGGACCGAAGGACGGGAGAAAUUGUGCCUCAUGCACCGGGUAGUUGCUGAGGUGACACAGCCCCUUCAUCGCACCCUUCCCUACUGCCUGAAUGACCUGCAGCGCAGCUACGACUUCCACCGCUACUUCGAGACUCAGCUACAGUCACAUGGUUCUGAUCGGAUUGGGCGUGCCCGGCAGAAGUGCCGUGAACUCAACACCCUCCACGCGUCCGUGCGGAGCUUGCAGCUUCACCUCAAGGCACUACUAAAUGAACUGAUCAUCCUGGAAGAUGAGCUGGAGAAGCUGAUGGUUUCCCGGGAGACGGUGGAGAUGACGUGUGCAGGGUACCAGGAGCUGCAGGGUAGGCUCCGCCUUCUGCAGCCACACAUGCAGGCCAGCUCUAGCUGCUGGGAGGAGACAGUGGCCCAGGUGGAGAGGAUGCUGCAGCGUGCCACCAAUUGCCCAGGAACCCCUGAUACUCCAGAAGAGAGGACCCCAGCUCUGCCCACUCCAGCGCCUCGUCCAGUCACCCUCAUCCAGGACCAAGACCCCAUCCCAGAGGAGCAGGAGCUAGAGGCGUACGCAUCAGACUCUGACUCAGAUGGAGAAUGGCAGAGCUCUUUCCUUGACCUCAUGACCCCGGAGGAGCGUGAGCAGCAGCGGCGGGAGAGGGAGGAGUCGCGGCGUGUACUACAGGAGCUGAAGUCCGUGCUCGGGCUCCGCGCCUCCGAGGCGGAGAGACAGCGCUGGAAGCAGCUGCUCUUCAGCGAUCAAGCUGCCCUGAAACCCUUGUUGCCUGAGGAACCACCAGAGGCCCACAGAGUCCAAGAGACUCCUGAAACCCCUCCAGAAUCUAAAUGCACAGAGAGCAACCACUUGGAGAACUGCCCACAGGCGGCAAAGGGGGAUGGGGGUGACCCCAGGCCCUCUCCCACAGAGACUGAGGUGGAGGAGGAGUUUAGCUGUGGACAGUCAGAGGGAGCUGGGGGUGUCACCUGUACCAAUGUCCUCAACACCACUGAAGGGACUGUACACUACCAGUACGAUGGAACGGAGGAGGAGGGUGGAGGAACGGGGGAAAGUGGGACAUGGUGCCCCCUGGUGGGGAGGCCCCCCACCCUCUCUGUGAUGGACAGGCUGACGGAAAUCCACGGCUCAGCUGCCCUCAGCUUCAGCUCCACCCUCGCGGCCCAGGUAGCAGCUCGAUCCCAUUCGUUCACCAACAUGGAAGAGCAAACUUUUGGAGAUGAGGAGGUGGAGGAGGAAGAGCAAGUUACCUCACGUUGUUUGGUACACAAGCGGGGGCAGGAAGACUAGAGAUGUACAGCAAGCGCUUUAUCAAAAACAGUGUAGAACAACAAUAUUUAUUUGAGUAUUUUUCUGUUAUUUAUUUGAAAUUCUGCUUAACAAAUACCCUGAUAGUUUACUUUUUUGUGUACUGUGUUUUGAAAUGUAUAUGUAGGAUGUGUAACAACAUUUGUUAUUCCUCAUUGAUGAGUUUGUUGUGCUUUUUUAAAGAUCCUUCAGUUGUUAUUGUGACUUUGUCACCUUACCAAACCUACAAUUCAUUGCUCUGUGUUCUUACAAGUUCCCUUGGGCAGCUUGCGCCACAGAGAAAGCCGUGGUGCUUUCUGCUCCCGCUCAGGGAAACCUUUUCAGAACCGGUACCAGACCCAGAGCCGAAACUGGACCACAAGCACGAAGCAAAGGUCUUCGGCUGUCACGUGCACACGUGCAACUAAUCCGUCCUUAAAGGUUCGAGGCCCUGGCAUGUGCAUCAGGAAGCUAAGAUACUCAGCUUCUUGAUCCAAGUAAAUCUUCAAACAGUUCAACUGUUGAGGUUAAGAGUUUGUAUUAGAAUUUCUUAUAUUAAAUGUAUUAAUUGAGAGAACUACAUACGUAGUUAACUUAUGUACCUGACAUUGAUUGCUCCUUAUGUUCUGUUGAUUAUUAAGUAAACAGAAUUUAAUGUAUGUUAGCUCAAGAGAGGGUGGGAGUUCCACAUGGAAAGGAGACCGUUCAUUUUUAAGUGUUUACACCCAGUGCCAGAUUCUCAGGUACACUUUCUGUGCAAACUGCACUAUGAAUGUAAAGUUACCAAGUCAGUGACCCAGAUCGGGUGAAUGUGUUUAUUACCUGCCUGCGGUGGGUGCCCUAAAAGGAACUAAUGCGGGGUAAUUUCAUGAGCUGAUCUCCUGAAUGUUCAAUCAAAUCACAAAAGAAAAUAUUUCUUUUACUUCCUGACAAAUUUGCUUGAACUGACCACGCUAAAUUGUAGAAGCCUUGUCGACAUUUCUGUACGGUUGCGCUCGCACUUUCACGCAGCCACAGCGAACCUGAGAGAAUGUUCAGCCCAAUGAACCUCUGACACACUGCUGAGUGUGUUAUGUUCUCGAAGCUGCAUGCUUGUGAUGAUUUCAGUGCCAGGCUGCACCCUAGGUGGUGGACACUGCUGGGGUGCAUUUCUAGGAAAUGUGGGGGUGUGAAGGGUAUUUUUUUCUUUUU